UAUGCUCUUCAUCACUGCAGCACGAGCACGGCCAUUUUACAAGCCGUUUGUGCGAGAUAAGAAGACACAUUCCUCAACGGUAUUUAUCGGCAGUUCUUGACCACCGUGUGUUUUUAAUCGUAUCUAUCAUUUUCUUAACCCCUUUCAAGUCAGCAAUAGUGUGAUUAUGUCUCGUGACCGUUCCCGUAACCGCGGAGGAGGAUUCCAGCAACGAGGCCGCGGAGGAAUAAUGGGAAUGCGUGGUGCAAUGGGAAACCCCUACUUUCGGAAUCAAAACCAGCAACCUUUUCAAAACCGUGGAGGCCAUGUGGGUGGUGGAUUUAACGCAAACCAGGAUGUGGGUGGUGGAUUUAAGGCAAACCAGGGGAAUCAACCCAAUCCAGCAGCUAACGUUAACGUUACGCCUCAGAAACCGCAAGAAUCCGUACAGAAUAAGCCUGCCAUUCAGUCGCCCCCUGCCCAGGGCCCAACUUUGGCCCAGCAGGGUAACAACAAUAAAGCCCCGUCGACACCCCAGACUGCCAUUCCCGCUAACGUUGCGCCGAAGAUUCAGUCUCCACCGCCUCAGAAUAACGCCAACGUAAAGACCCCGGACCUCGGUUCUCCACAGAACCAGCCUAAACAAAACACUCCUCGAGGUGGGAUGGGGAAUGGCCAGAAACAGCAUGUUCCGCCUGCGAAGAAAGCGCCAGAGCAGAAGCCACAACAAAAUCCAAAAAACGAGGACGUGUCUCAUUCUCAGGAGUUGAAGGCAACAUUAUCUUUGCUUCGCAAACCUGGGGAGAAAACCUAUACUCAACGUUGCAGAUUGUUCAUUGGCAACCUGCCAAACGACAUCACCGAUGUAGAAUUCAGGAGGUUGUUCGCCAAAUUUGGAGACCCCAGUGAGGUCUUCAUCAAUCAAAGCAAAGGUUUCGGCUUCAUAAGACUGGAAUCUCGUGCCUUGGCUGAGAUUGCGAAAGCCGAGCUGGAUGAUACUCCAAUGAAAGGCAGACCACUCAGAGUUCGCUUUGCCACUCACUCUGCUGCACUGUCUGUGCGUAACUUAUCCCCCUUUGUCUCGAAUGAGCUGCUGGAUGAGGCCUUCUCUCAGUUUGGAGUAGUGGAAAGAGCUAUAGUUAUCGUAGAUGAUCGUGGCCGCUCAACAGGAAAAGGCAUUGUCGAGUUCUCUUCCAAACCCGCAGCUCGGAAGGCAAUGGAUCGUGUUAAUGAUGGGGUGUUCCUUCUCACAUCGGCGCCCCGUCCAAUUGUUGUUGAAUUAUUAGAGCAAUUUGAUGAGGAGGAUGGUUUGCCAGAGAAGCUUGCGCAGAAGAACCCCACGUAUCAAAAGGAGCGGGAGCAGCCUCCACGAUUUGCCCGUCCUGGCACCUUUGAGUUUGAAUACUCUCAGCGCUGGAAGUCCCUUGAUGAGAUGGAGAAACAACAGAGGCAGCAGGUAGAGAAGAACAUCCGUGAAGCCCGUGAGAAGCUGGAAGCAGAGAUGGAAGAUGCCUACCAUGAGCAUCAGGCAAACAUGCUCAGACAGGACCUCCUUAGACGGCAAGAGGAGCUCAGACGUAUGGAAGAGAUGCAUAGUCAAGAGAUGCAGAAACGUAAAGAAAUGCAGCUCAGACAAGAGGAGGAGCGCCGCAGAAGAGAGGAGGAGGUGAUGCGUCAGAGGGAGAUCGAGGAACAGAUGAGACGCAAACGCGAGGAGUCUUACAGAAUGGGUGGCUACAUGGACAAUAGGGAAAGGGAGAUGAGGAUGAAUACUGGUGGAGGCCUGGGAUUGACCGAUAUGUCAUAUGGAUCCCCUAACCAGAAGUUCCAGUUGGCUGGAAUGAACUUUGAUGCACACCAAGGGUUGGGUGGAGCAGCAGCAGGGGGCAUGGCAUCCAACGAAAUGCGCAAUGAGCGUUUCCCACAAGGGGGUCCAAGGGGCAUGGGUGCUGGAAACCCAGGAUAUGGCAGGGUCCGUGAGGAAUUUGAUGGGCCUGCCAAGAAGCCACGCUUCUGAUCUGGCACUUUAAAGCAGAUUUUGUGUGUGGAACUCCAGAGGCAUUUCUGGUAUCAGAAUUGAUGUAUUUAAGUUUCAAGAAUUUUCUUGCAAUUUUAGCCUGAAGACUCCCGAAGACCCUUUUUUCUUUGCAUUUUUAUUUUAUAUUCUUAAUAGGUUUAAUAAAACUGCUCAAGUCAGCACUAGUUUAGUGCUACCAAUAUGUAACUUCCCUUCCUACUAGUCUAUACCUUGUCAUCAUGUUAUUUGUGUUAUACUGGUGAAUAUUGUGAGUUGUUCUGAUCUUUCUAUGGCUUGUGUUCUUUGCCAUUCACAUUUAAACUAAUACAUGUACAUUUUCAAUAAAGAGUACAGUUGGUUUUCCCAAACCCCAUUCAGUUGUUGUUGGCACAGUUUUAAUUUUAAAAAGUCUGAGAUGACACUGACACGCUGGAGAAUUACCUUUGGCUAGUAACAUUUUAUUCUCCAUGCUUUUGACUUAAUUUCAACAUAACGCAACAGAAUAAAUGCGCAAUUUAAAAAAAUUUAAAAAUCAUUUACCGGUUUUAAUUUGUCUGGAUUUCAUGUUUUCAGUUUUUUACUCUUACAGUAAGAUUAUUUUGGCCGGCUUAAAAAAUAAAUACUGUAAUAUAGUAAGUUUAUAGUUCAAGGAAAAUUCAUUUAUACUAUAGUGUUUUGAAUCUUAUAGUAAAUAUUGAAGUAUACUACAAUAUUUGCUACAGUUAAUCAAUUUACUUUAGUUGAUACUACAGAAUAAUAUAGUUAGGUACUGUAGUUGCAUAAUGUUUUCAAGUUAACCGGAUCUUUGACUUUUGGUGUGUGUUUAAUAGCUUUUCUCAAAUGAAGCAUCAGAAUGCUCUGAGCAGCUCUGAAGUUCACGUCUCCAUAUAGUGAGAUGUAGUACACGAAACCAUGUCAUGUCUCAUUUACUUAGACACGCAGAACAAACGGAUGACAUAUUUAAACAGCAUCUGUAUCAUAAUCCGUGUUUGAUUAGCUGUUAAGCGCAACUUUCUGAUUAAGUUGUCGUUAGUCAAAUUCCAAGCCAUUCUGAGCUACACAUUAAAUGCUGUCUGUCUGGAUUUCGCAAUUCAGUAUGUUUUUUGCAAGCGUGUUUUUUACACUUGCCUUUGGCUCCCACCUAUCAUUGAUGUUGAACACUUCCACCUUUUAACAUUUUGGUCUACAAUGAUCAAUCAGUUAUUGAGCUAGCAUUAAAAAAAUCGGUCAUCAAGUCUGUUGCCUUACUCCAACUAGGAAUGCCAAGUUCAUAAUAAACAUUUACAGUUUUUAGCUGUCUAGUACAAUUUUGCAGGUAAUGACAGUCUAAAGAAAAUAACAAUGUUUAUUUAAGGUUUUUUUGUUUCAUUUAGAUGUUCUGUACUGUUACAUUAACUAUUUGAUAUAUUAAUUUUCCUGCAAGCAGUUUGUAUUUAAGUUGUUUUAUAGAAAAAUGUUUCAAGGUUUGGAUCUUCAAUCUCUUGCACUUGGAACAAAAGCAGUGAUUGAUCCUUAAACAUCUCAUUCACAGAAUCUACAGGUGGAUUGAAAGCUUUCAAGAAAAAAGUUAAACCAUCCUUUCAACAAAUUGUCCUGAGAUGCACAUUUUAGUCUUAAUUUAAGAUACCAAAGUCGGACUUUCAAAUAUAUUAGGAUUCAGAUCUGCUUGAUCUGGCAUCACUAGAUACAUUUGCCUGCGUGUGAAAUCAUGCAACGUUAUAAUUGCAUAUCAUUUUGUUUCUUAAAGCAACCUUAUAGAUUUGGUUGCAUGUUUUUGUAUGUACUGAAGAUUAAACCAAAUCAAAUUGUUUGUCAACAGCAAGAAGGGAGGGAGUGGGUUGGAUUGAGCAACUGUGAUCUGUCAAAGACCCAUGCUGGCUCACUAAAUAUCAGCCACAAAGUGAAAAAAUAAGAUUUUUAUUGCAGUAGAAAUUACGACAAGCUUUGUUGAACGACAUGUUUUUCCAUUUGAAAGUAACUGAAUGCCCUUUUAAAUAAGAUUAUUUGUAUCUUGUUCGUGUAGAAACAUUUACAUGAUUAUAUAGAUGCAAUAUAAAUAGUGUCUAGCUUCUGUUGCUCAGACAUCUCUUGAGUGAUUAACUCGCUGCACAGCUUUUUGGAUCAUUUUUCUGUAAAUUGAGUCAACCAUGUUCAUGGAAUGGAUGUUCAUGGAAUCCUAAAGGGAUACUUUGAAAAUUACAAAGAUACAAAAAUGAAAAUUCUGUCAUCAUUUACUUGCCUUCAAUUUGUUCCAAAUCUGUAUGAAUUUCUUUGUUCUGACGAACACAGAGAAAGAUAUUUGGAAGAAUGUUUGUAAUCAGAAGUAUUUUGCCCCCACAUUGACUACCAUAGUAGGAAAAAAUACAAUGGUAGUCAAAAGUGCCCCAGCAAUGUUUGCUGUCCUACAUUCUUCAAAAUGUAUUUUGUGUUCAGCAGAACAAAAAAAUGAUUUUUCCUAAUAUGGGAGUCAAUUGGGGGCAAAAUGUGUGUAAUCAAAUAAGAGGUUAUAGGAAUUUAGUCUGUAAAAUAGGAAUGCAUGGUAAUGAAAGUUGAGCACAUCUUUUGCACGUAAUUAAUUUCAUGCAUUACACAUUGACAAUUUAUGUCCUCAUAAAUAUUGAUCCAUUUUUUUUAUUAGGUACUCCAAAACAGAAUUUUGGCAAUCAAUGUAUGAAAUGUUUUCAAAAAUGUGUGUUUUCAUACUACCAUUAUGACUUCCACGUUAAUUGUAAUCUUAAUGUGAUGGUGUGCUUGAAUCGACUUCAUUUGUAGUAAAGUGAUUUAAAUCCCAUGGCAAAAGUCAGGUUAGUAAUUACAUGAAGAAAAGGUAACUACACUUUUGUUGUUUUACACAUGCAUUGUGGAAAACUGUUUUGUCUGUUGUGCUGGUUUUCUAUACUUUUUCCCUUAACAGGUUUGUUCGUGACUAUCUUCGGUUUUGGAUUUUAGCAAUUUAUCUACUAAAAGUGUCAUCUUCAGACAUCACGCCCAUGGACUGUUCGCCAGUGGUUUAAGACAUACUGUGCACAAGAAUGGCAGUUUCCUAGAGUUUCAAGCUGUGGUUUAAUAGGCUGGCCUUUUUGUAGCUUUUUCACAAGGUAGCUAAAUCGUAUUAUUUUGUAAGUUGUGGAAAUAAAUCCAUACUAAAGCUUCUCUAAUCCUACCUAACUGUCACUGGCACAAAAGCAAAUUGUACUAAAACUUGGAGUCUUGAGCCUAUAUUUGAGCAUAAAAGUUGAUCAUGGGCUGUCUUGUCAACUCUUCUCUAGAGUGGCAUUGUAUGAAGAUGUGAAGUGUCAAAAUAAAGGGGUGCCUCUUAAAGGGAUAGUUUACCCAAAAAUCAUUUCAUUUACUCACCCUCAGGUUGUUUCAAACCUGUAUAAAUUCCUUUGUUCUGAUGAACACAAAAGAAGAUAUUGAAAAAUGUCAGUGACCAGACAGAUCUCAUCCCCUAUUUACUCCCAUAGGCUUUCCUGUAGCUCAUUGGUUGGAGCAUGGCGCCAGCAACGCCAAGGUCAUGGGUUUGAUCCCAGGGAUUGCAAAUACAAAUGUAUAGUAUCAUGCAAUGUAAGUCGCUUUGGAUAAAAACGUCUGCCAAAUGCAUAAAUGUAAAUGGUAUUUAUUUUCCCUACUAUGACAGUAAGUGGUGGAUGAGAGUUUGGUUACUGACAUGUUUUCAAAUAUCUUCCUUUGUGAUAAGCAUAGCAAAGUAAUUUAUAAAGGUUUGGAACAACCAGAGGGUGACUACAUGAUGAAAGAAUUUUCAUUUUGGGGUGAACUAUCACUUUAAUGUGUGUAGAUAUUGAUUUUUUCCUGUUGAAUUAAUACAUCUUCGCAUUAGUUGUGGUCCAAUAUUGAUCCAUAAUAGUGGGUGGGGUGGAAAUCGAUUCACCUAAUUAUCGCGAUUCUUUUUUAAAAAGAUUCUAGAAUCUGUUGUUUAUCCCAGAAUUGAUUUUAAUUAUUUUACUUUUCCUAAGAGGUGCUGGAGAGACUCACUUAUUCCACCAGAGGAUGAAAUGUAGUAGAUGACAUUGUAUCUGUUUCAUGCUGGCACGAGAAGGAAAACCAUGGCGAAAGCAGAGCAUCAAACCUCUUCCAGAAUAGCUUUGUUUUAAAUCCAGAUCUAGACUGCGACCUUUUUUUCCUCCUGGUGCAACCAUUUUUCUGUCAAAUUGAUGAAUAUAUAUAUAUAUAUAUUUAAAUUCUAAUGUGCAGAAAUGUAUUCUGCAUUUCAGACAGCGCAAAAUACUUGAAAAGUUCUUUUUCACGUCGUCUUAUGCCGGGACUUCACCACAAGAUAAUCGGACCGAUGUCUCCCCUUCCGACAAUCCUAGGUUAAGUCACGAUGAUCUUAAACGGCUCUACAGAUUAUUUUAUCAGAUUUUUUCGUGGUUUGGUUUGUUAAGAGUCUGAUUGGAAAAACAUUGGAGCCACCCUGAUAGAGAAUCGUAAAUAUUCAACAUAUAUUUAUUCAAGUUGAAUAUUUAUGAUCAGAAAUCCUGAUGUGUGAGGGAAACCCAGCGGACAAACGCACAAGAACUCUGUUGAUUGUUACGUGGAACGAAACGAAACAAAUCAAAAAGCCAGCAGACAGAAGCACAACAACCCUAGUCAUGACUUCAACCAAACCCUUUUGUUUAUUUUGUCAAUUUUAUGUCAAAAGCAUUACAAAUGAACUGGUGCGGUUUCGAUUGAAAUAUGAACGCAACAUGGACCAAAGGCAUCGAACCGAAUCAAAACCAGGAAGUGAUAACAAUAUACAACCCGAAAAUCAAGUGAUUUGUUCAUAUAAAGGAUUGUUUAUUAGAUAUGUGCUUGUGCAUGUAACGGAGGAAAUCCUGGCACCGUUUUGACAGUUUUAACCACUUCAUGAGGUCUUUGCGAGUUACCGGCUUGCUAAAAAUACCCUCAUAUGCGCAGUCAUACACUGAGCAUGUAUAACCCAGCACACAGCAUUGUUUUGGAUAUCCGGUAAGUUCCGUUCCGUUAGGUUAGAAAUAUUUAGGUUCGCUUUUAAAAUGCCAGUGUGAACACUAAGCGAACAGAACUAUUUUUUUUUUGGUUCGGACCAAAAGAACCAAACGAACCGAACUACAAGUAUGAACACGCCCUUAGAUGACGCUGAUGUCGCGAGUGGCGGGGCUAUUGUCAGACUGCCCGCUCCAGCCUGAAGUACACAAGUUACCGACCAGUAUAGACACUUUCAUUCAGAAAUUUACUCCAAAAAUGCUCCAAGCACUGCCGACAUGUUUGCUGCAUUAAUAAAGCAUGCGUGUCGCGCUCUCUCUCUGCGCUGGUUGCUGCUUGAUCAUAUCACACGACACCGAACAUUUUUUUUUUUUUCUAUUUUCGGUUGCCGAACAUUCGGUGCAUCCCUUUAUACUACAUCCGUGCCCUGGCUCUUAAAGGAACAGCAGCAGCAUAAUAAACUUUUGUUUUAAUGUUUAUCAAGUUGUAUAUCUUAGAUAAAAUGAUUAAGGUUAUCAAAGUAUCUUUAUUUUUUGUCUUUAGAAGUGCAAAAAUUAAUUAAUUUUUGAAAAAUCAAUAAUCAUAUGAUUUUGCAGAAGUGAUGUAGGUUUAGUUUAUUUUUGUACAUGUUUGUUUAUUGUUUUUAGAGUUUACUCAGUCCCAAUAAUAGCUCAAUGUUGGGAUUUUGACAAAAACCCUUUUUUGUCACUGGUAGGUUGUGGAUUAGUUUUUCUUGCAUGUCAGUGAGUCAUUUGUUUAUGCUAGAAUUAUUUGUAUUGCAUGAAUUUAUUAUACGCAAUGUAAUUUUAAAAAAUGAAUCAUGAAACUAUUAUAUAACCAUCGAUUAAGUUGCAGGCUAACAUUCUCUGAAGGUGCCAGGUAUUCACAUCAAAGAAGCUCAAGAAAUCUCUGACCUCCAUUUGUUGUUGUGUCUGGUGGGUACAUUGGGACUCAAUCAACCAUAAGAUCUAUCCCCUCCUUGUGUCUACCCACUUCUGUGUGGUUUCAUCUUUACUGAAAGUUGCCUAGGAACUGUAUGUAUUUCAUGUGACAGCAUCUGGCCAGCCCAGGAUAAACCCAUUUGUAUUAUGGAGCUGUCUAAUCAUAUAUGACCAUGAUGUUUUUGACAGAAGAGCCUCCACUUCUUGUUUGAGCUGGUGUUUUCUCUUCAGUUUCAGCUUUGCACACAAGAGCCUGUGUAUCCUUCAUGCACCUGUGAUGUUCUGUUGUAGCAAUGGGUGAAGGAGUGGAGUUGCACUGAAGAAAUAGCCAAAUACCUUGUGAUGAUUAUGCUAGGGCAUGUCACUGGGACAGAACAAAUCCCUAAUACCGGACUAUAACUUGCUCACAUUUCCUAUCCAGGAGUCGCAUGUUUUUCUUUAUUUUUUUUGUAUCGUAUGAUUGGUGGCUUCUAUAAGAACAAUCUUCUAAUUUUAUUAAAAUCCUUCAGAAUUUGUUAAACGAAAGGUUGUUUCAAGUGUGUCCAAUACUGUUCUCAUUUACAGUAUAUGAACUUCGCCUGAUUUUUGGUUACUGAGAGUUUUUGCAGCUCCUUCUCAGAACUUCUGAUAUUGAAAUUUCCCUGAUUUCCGGCAGGCCCUCAGUUAUGUUCUGUCCUUACGUUCUGGAAAAGUGGUAGAUGCUUGAAUAUAAGAGUCAUGAUUUAGGCAGAAAUUUUCGAUUAGAUACCCUUCAGAUUACAUAAUUGUAAAGCAUUUAAUCAUGUCAUUUUGCACAACAUUAUAUAUAUAAAACAAAAACAAUUUAUAGUUUUUUAAAAGAGCUCACAAAACAAUUUUUGCAUUCAGACCAUCCAAAAUGUAGGUGGCAUUGUUAGUAAAGGUUUUUUUUUUGCUGAAAGUAUGAUCUUCAUUUAGAAAAUCCAAGCCCUCAUGUGUCAUUGCUUUGAGUCACAUAAGCUGGUACAAGCAGCACAUAAGUAAUUCCUUCUGAUGAUAUACUGACGUUUUCUAAAGCGAAAAGUUCCAUCUGCGCAGGAAUUUGCACAGUAAUUACAUAUUUUGUGCAUCGUAAGCUUCAGAGAAGUUCCGGUCACUUCACUGUGCCCUACUCACUAGGGGCACCCUAAAGUGAAAACCCUGGAGGCUUUACCUUACAUUGUAUUUCUGCAAAAAAAUCAUAUUUUUUAAGCCCCAGUGUUAAAUGGUUACUCUGGCCCAAAAUGAAAAAUCUGCCAUGAAUUACCCUAAAGUCAUACGAUAACCCUAAGAUAUAGGUUCAUCUUUGGAACACAAAUUGAGAGCUUUCUGACUCACCCAUAGACGGUAACAUAACUGACAUUCAAAGCCCAGAAAGUGACUAAAGAUAUUCUAAUAGUAUUCAAAAGUAGAAUUAGUAUGUCUGAAAUCGUAGUAUGUUGAAAAUAAUAUUCCAAAGAGUCCCAGAUGGUCUACUACUUCCUGUAGAAAUUCGAAGUGCAGAACGAUGCACACUAGCGGCUGAUAUUACCCACAACUCACCGCGAGUAGGCGGAGAUUAACGGCACUCCACUGCAUGAAUAAAUUUUAUAACUGAUGCUUAACUAAAUUAACAAAUGUAAGUACGCAGUAAACAUUACAUACGAAAUAAUGAAUGAAUAAAUACCUUAAUGGAAAGAAGAGCUGUAUUUUGAUGUGUGUGGCAGUUAUUGGCCACAAUGUUGUCUAGGCAACAACGGCCACUUCCGCUUCCUGUUAGUAUGUCCCAGUGCGUGCAAUCUCUUUUGCCAUGCACUCAAAAGUACCUACUAUUAGGGCUAGUAUAAGUAGGCGAAUUGGAACUCGGGGAUUGACUGUUUACAUGCGCACCAAUAAUGUGAUUAUUUCCAAUAAUAAGAGUAAGGACUUAAUUGCAGUAACAUGUUAACAUGACAUGAGAACACCUCUGCUCCCGUUUACAUGGACGUUUUAUGUCUGAUUAUUUUCUAUAAUACACAGCACAAAUGAUGAUCUUAGAUAUAGUAGGUGUGUGUGUUAGGCUACUGGCUAUCGUUUCAUCGCGUCAAAUGCAAAACAGUAUUAUGUGGAUGUAUUUUAUGGUUAUUCGGCACUGAUGAAUAUAGAAAUAUGAUGGAGAAUGUCUCCGCAACAGUGAUGUGCGCUGUCAUCGCGUUCGCGCUGUUUCUGUAUGAAGGUAAGGAGCAGAGACUACUGACGGCAAGUUGUGUUGACGGUAAAACUUCAGACUGUCAUGUUUACAAUGAAUUUGCGCUUAAGGUGCGUGACAGAAGCACAUGCACACCUUGAUCAGAGAAGCAUAAAUGCGAUUGUGUUACAUGCCUUCAUAUUGCGAUUAAAACCAACGUACGCCACAUAUGUUACUUUGAUUAUGCUUACUGCGAUUAUGAGCUUAAUCGCAUUAUUUAAAUCGAAUGAUUGCAUGUACAUGAGGUAAAGCGUAAUCGCAGUAUUUCCAAAAUCCUAUUAUAAUCGCAUUAUGAGAGUGUAUGUAAAUGUAGUCAUUAUUGAACUAGUCCAUGUGACUUCAGUGGUUCAGCUUUAACUGUAUAAAGCGACGAGGAUACUACUUGUGCACAAUCGAACAAACAUAACUAUAUUCAAUAAUUUCCUGACAUUCCACGUCAGUCUCCAACGCGUGUCCGGAAGACCACAUGACGCAUGCGUGUGGCGCUCAAUAUGCAUAUGUUGUGAAUGCUGGCUCUUGCGUCGGCUCCACAGCCCCUGCGUCGUGAACGCCGGCUCCAGCGCCUGCUCAACACGCACGCUUUGUGAACGUCAGCAACGUGCAUAUGUGUUGCGUGGUCUUCCAGAUGCACGUUGGAGACUGACGGAGUAGAAUCUGAAUCAAAGGAGGCUAGUUAAAACAACAGUAAAUAUUCACUAAUAAAUUUGACUUGCUUUUCCUUAAAAUUUGCUUGCUAUAAAAUGAUCUUUGUAUGAAUUUAUGGGAAGAAUCCUCUUUUCCUACCUAAAACCCUUUAGAUCCCUGUCACUAUAAGCCAGAAAGGAAGAAAAAAUUAAUUGACUUCAAAUAUCAAGGACACAACAUCUUCAGACUUGGUAAGUGCACAACGCAAAUAAUUACCUAACAGUCUGCCAAGUCUUAAGCAAAAUAUUGUCAUUGUUGUUUUUCUCUACAAUAGCUGUACAUUUUACUAGAUAUUUGUGAUCUGGCAGAGUAACACCAAGAAGUUGUAUCGGCACAGAAACUGCAAAUGAGCCUUAUGCCACAUUUAAGGAAUAAUUUACUUUAAUCCUGUUCUAAGCUCAUAUAACUUACUUUAUUUAACCAAUUUUAUUAAAAUGCACAAGUAGUUUUAUAGCCAGGUACUGUUAAACUUUAAUAUAGUUAUUUCCUGAAGCCAAACAAUUUUUACAGAAAUAUUAGUCAUUGAAGAUUAUGGUGGUAUUGCUCAAAUAAGAGUAUGGUAUGCCGUGACGCAUAAGGACAUAUGUGACCCUGGACAACUUGAAAAUACACAUCUGAAAGCUGAAUAAAUAAGCUUUCAAUUGAUGUGUGGUGUAAUAGGAUAGGACAAUAUUUGGCCGAGAUGCAGUUAUUUAAAACUCUGGAAUCUGAGGCUGCAAAAAAUCUAAAUAUUGAGGAAAUCACCUUUGAAGUUUUUAAUCAGAGACGUUGUAGCUGGCCGCUAAGAAGAAACAGGUUUGUUUAACCCUCUCAUUACCGCUGUAAUGACGUUGUGGAGAGUAGAUAAACCCAAAGAGGAAAUUCUAAACUGUACAAAGAUACCAAACUUAAGUGGAUAAUUCCCAGAAGCGAGAGAAGUUUGCAGGCGUGUUUCCUGCCAUUUUCUUAGCAUUUUUGCUGCAUCCACUCACAAAACGUUUUGAUAUAUUUACAGUAGGAAAUGGAACAUAACCUUUACUUAAUAUCCUCAUUAUUUUUGCCAUAAACGAAAAAUCUAUCAUUUUGACCCAUAAAAUGUUUUGUUUGCUAUUGGCACAAAUAUUCCCAUGCUACUUAGACUGGUUUUGUGGUUCAGAGUCACAUAUAUAGUCACAGAUAUUUCAUCUUACAUUUUAUCUUGCAGCUCAGAACUGGAAAUAUGAAUUUACUCUGAUAUUUAUCAGGGUUUUUCCUGCCUGAGAAUUUGGAGGCAGGUGUCUCCAUCAAAUUCCAUGCCAUCUCUGACUGUCGACAAAAUGAUGUCAGUCAGGUGUCAUCACGGAAGACACUAACAACAAGUGAUCUCUGUGGGUUAUUCAUUUAUGACUGCAGUAGCGGCAUUGUCACUAUGGCGGCGCUGUUUAGUUAUCAGCACGGACACGCUGACAAAACCUUGGGAGAGAAGAACUGCAGUUUUCAACAAAUGUAUUCCUAAGGCUAUGACCUGUGUUUAUUUCGCAUCAAAGUAUGUUCAUUUUCUUAAAAGGUUUCCAAAAUUAACGUGACAUCCAAUUGGUGUAAUGUUUUCAGCUGUGCAGUUACUGUAUGGCUCAGCGAUUACACUUUACACACCGCGAGGAGAUCAAUCAUAAGUGCAGAUGAAACUGAUCAAUUCGCCAAUUUAGCUCAGAAAAAGUUAAGAUGCAAAAGUAGUGACAUCCUGAACAGCCUCUUACCGCUCUCUCAUUGUGUUGGUAGUAUCAACACACAACAUUAUCAGUACAAUUCACAAACGGAGGAUUCAUUUGAACCGAUUUGCUUUAAUAAACAGUUGAAACAAGUCAGUCAUUAAGUGAAUCACAGCUAAUGAUCAGUUGAAGCACGGUGAACUGCAGAAUAAAGAAUGAGCUGGUUUUACUCAUGAUUUACCCUAAAUAAUACAAAAUAUUGAUGGAUCGCAAGCUACAAGGAAUGUCUACUUAAAUACCUACAAAACCAGUUUUGAGGUAAUUAUUCAAAGAGUAAUAGAUUAAACAGAAAAUGAAAGAAGAGAAAGGAAAGCAAAUAAUAGUCAGAGAGAGGUAAGAAAUUGUUUUUCAUGUAAGGGCUUCCUUUAUGUUAUUAAGUAUGAUUAUAUAGCAAUAUAAUUUCAGAUUACGCAAAUGAUUCACUUAAAGGUACGGUAGGCCUACACAUGCGCAAGUGUGCACGCAGUCAGGAUUGCACCACCUCCACCUAAUUUUGAGCCAGGAAAAACCCUGUUUAUGGUUUGUAAAAUUGGUCCGUGCCCUAAUAUUAGAAAUUAAAUUUAUUUUUAGAGAGCACCUUUUUGUUCCAAUAGAUGACUCCGGUCAUUUAAACUUUAGAUUUCUGUACAUUGGGACCUUGAAUUUAGUACUUUUCAUAGGGUGAUCAGAUCAGAUACUUGAUGGCGAGGUGUGUUUUGCCCUCAUCAGAAUUGAUUUGAAAUAUGCCUUUUUCGCAUUUUAGCGAACGUGGCAAGAGCUUGUCUCUGUGUCUGUAUUGUGUAUUUGAGCGAAUGGUGGUAGUUAAGCAUUAGGGGCCAGUGUUCAGCUCAACCACUACUCCACAUUUGAGACUCCAGCAGUUGGUUACAUUGAGGAUGAGUAGUUCUGCAGAUCAGUGGACUUGUUUGCAUCAAGGAGGUAUACUUGCAUAUCACCAGAAAAGGUAAGUGACCUCGUCUUUUGUUCCAUGAAAUAAACCAAAUACUACUUUCUCUUUUACCAAUCACCCUUUGUGCUGGAAUUUAACUGGGGUUCUGGCAUCACACCUUCGAAAAUGCAUUCACAGUGCAGAAUGUUUCUUUUGCUGUUCAUUGCAAAGAUACUCUAUUUGAAAUGUGUGUGAUACUUUGGCUUCAGCUGUGUGUGUUUCAAAGUCCGUUUACAGAAGUCGUGCCACUCGGCGGCCAUGUUUGCAGUGUCUCUGGGCAGCUAUUUCAGUGAAAGCAAGACAACAGCUCUAUCGACUUAAUCUAUCUUCAUCUACUUAAAUGGGGAAUAACAGAUCAUUUCAAAAUCGCUGGCAAAAAUCACAAUUAAAUGGCAUAUUUCCAACCCACUAUUAAACCUGACAUCAACUGUAAAACACAGGUUGGCCAAAACCUUAGAGAAUCGUCAGUCUUUAUCGAUUGCGAUUGGCUCUUUUUACUGGAAGACGGGACUUCCUUAGCUAGAGCGGCCAUACGGAGUGUUGCAAUCCCUCUCCAUUUAUAGGAAUGGCAGUGGCUCAUCUUGGUAAUGUCUAUUAUCUUUGAUAUCUACAGCUUCUCUACAAGGUCUCUCACACAGCAGCUUUAUUUGGGGACGGCAUGGGCAGCAGCAUAACUUUAUGUAUGUAAACACUGCACAAUAAGGAAAGAAAUGCAGGCCCCAUGACUGGGGGUGGCAGCAUUUUUGUGGGAUUGACAUAUGAGGCGAAAGAAUUUCAAAUUGAUCUUAUUUUGUUGUUCAAUUUUGUGAUGUUGCUCAGUCAUUACACUUACAAUGAUGUGCAAAUAGCAACAUGUUUUUGCUUUUUUUUUUUUUAAGGCCAGACCAUGUGAGACAAUACUGGAGAGUACAGACCACUUGUUCAGAAAUGAAUAAGAGAAAUUAUAAUGUGUAACAUGCUGAAUUUUCUACAUUUGGAUGUAGGAAUCACUUUUUAAAUAAUUUCAUUUUACGCAAAAUUCACUUUAUUCAAAUGAUAUCAAGAGCUUAUGGUAAAAUGUACAACACCCUUUGUUAACUUGAGUUAUUCGAGUUAACAAUUUUUUACAAGUACUUUUGGAUGUUUAAUUCUUCACAUUUAUACAUUAUGCAUUUGGUUGACACAUUUAUCCACAGUGACUUGUGUAUAUCGUCGCUGUCGGGCGUAAUCCUCGUAUCUCCAAAACCAUUAUUUUUCAGGAAAUUAAAAAAACUGCAUAUUUUUUGAGUUAUUAAACAUUGUAUCGUUAAAGUUGGUAUUAUACUUAUAUUGCUAUCAUAUACUGUUGUGUACCAACAUUAACACAACAUUUCCCCAAAACCAUGUUUAAUCAGAGAUACAAGGUUUAUGACUUGGGAGCAGGGAGAUACGAGAUUACGCUGUCAUUGAUAAGAAUGUUACGGACACAGACGUCGCUGCUGCCAGCAGUGUUCAUCAAAGUCUGCGGUCGUGUUGAGCCUUUUGACAAGAGACGAGGCUUUAAGAGCUAAUGAAAGCUAAUGAUUGUGGUUACAUACAUCUUCCUAAACUCUAUUUUAAACGUUAGAGCUAUGAGUGAUGCAAUACCAAAAUAAAACGUUAAACAGGCUGUCUAAUAUAGGCAGAAAUUAAUCUGCACGCAAAUAAAGUCCGCGGUCGCGUUGAGCCUCUUGACAAGAGAAAAGGCUUCAAUCGUUAACCAAAGCUAACUACUAUGGUUACAUACAUCUUCCUAAACUUUAUUUUAAAGGUUUAAGAACUAUAAGUGAUGUAAUACAAAAAACGAUGAGCUGACUAGGCUGUCUAAUAGGCGGAAAUUAGCCGAAUCUGCUCGCAAAUUUACCUUCGUGGCACUUACCUUCUGCACCGAAGCAUUACAUCUAUCGAUUUUUAACAAAACAGGCCCACUCAAAUGUAUCUACUCUAACUAUUUUCACUCGUUAUUGUCUAAAAAACUUUCAAUCAGGAGACGUAAUGCCGAGAAGCUCCCGCGGAGUGAAGAAGAGGUGGAGUUACGAGACUUCUCAGACAGUUGAAGUGUCCAAUGGAGUUAAGAGAUUUGCUCUCAAGCUAUUUUCAACACUUUAGAUUGGUUAAUAAUUUGUAAAAAUAACAGACCCACAUGGGGACUGACCAAUAGCAUCGAUUUGUGAAAAAAUAUGAAAUUAAUCAAAUUUGGACAUAGGAGGUUUCCGACCGACAGCGACGAUAUGUUCAAAGGGAUAGUUCAUCCAAAAAUGAAAAUUCUGUCAUCAUUUACACACCCUCAGGUUGUUUCAAACCUAUACAAAUGUCUUUGUUCUGCUAAACACAAAGGAAGAUAUUUGGGAGAAUGUCAGUAACCAAACAUAUCUCAUCCCUCAUUUACUGCCAUAGUAGGGAAAAUUAAUACUAUGGGAGUCAAUGGAGGAUGAGUUCUGUUUGGUUACUGACAUUCUUCCAAAUAUCUUCCUUUGUGUUUAGCAGAACAAAGAAAUGUAUACUGGUGUUGGAACAAUCUGAGGGUGAGUGAAUGAUGACAGAAUUUUCAUAUUUGAGUGAACUAUCCCGUUUGCUUUCUGUGGAUUGAAUCUACAACCUUUCACUGCUAAUAUAAUGCUCUACCUGUUCUGUACAUAGCAAUGUGUGCUUAUUGGACACCAGUUGCCCCUUCACGGUUAUUGAGGCCAAAAUAAUUCAUAUUAUAUAUUAUCACAAUAUCUAUUUAAAGGUGCAUUGUCGAGGUUUUAGUGGCAUCUAGCUGUGAGGUUGCGAAUUGCAACCAACCACCACUCACCCCUCCCUUUGCAACCACUACGGAGGGUGACACUGGCAAAUCAGCGAAAACCUGACACCUUUGUCCUAAGGAGAGAACAUUUACAAAACGCACUCUGUGGAGCAGUAUGUCUGUUUAGGGCUACUGUAGAAAUCUGCCGAGUUCGAUGUAAGGCAGUCCGCAGUGUAUGUACAUAAAAAUAUCUCAUUCUUUGGUAAUAAAAACAUGUAUGUUAUAAAAAUUAACAAAUAAUGCUAUCAGGCAAGUUCAUCAAAAUUGUAUUUUGUGGCCAAUAAAUCGCAGUUAAGUUAACUGUAGGCAUUAGAGAGAAAGUUUGAAACCAUUGUGGCUCAUAAGGCAAAACUGGAUGGGCGCUGAAUUAUUUACGAUAUUAUCAUUCGCACAAUUAACAUAUGAAUAAUCAUGGUUUUUAAUAUCACAGUUAUUGUUGAUACCAAUAUAUUAUGACAUCCCUAUUGGACACAUGUUCAACUGGCAAAGUGUAUUGGAUACCAAAUGAGCUAAGAAAAUGAUUCUUUUAAGUCUUUAAUGCAAACAUUUUACUAGACCUUGUUACUUGUUUUCUGUGGAAUCUCCCGAGUGCUUAAAACAUCUGAACACAUCACGGUAUUGGUUUUCUUUUGGUUGCAAGAAUACAUUUGUUUUAUUUUUCCUCAAAAAAAAUAUUCUCUUCCCAAACUUGGCAUUCAACGAGUUUGUUUACUCCAUGGCCGUUUAAAUAUUACAGCAAUGCUGCCUCCACACUUUUUUCAUAACUUCUGUAUGAGGACUGGGGUGGGAAAUACUCGGGGAUAAUAAUACAUUACUCAAGUGCAUCUUUAGGUCUUCUGUGAACUUUGUGAAGAAGAAUAAAGAACUGCAGUCGUACCUCCUCCAGCAUUGUAAUGCAGCUGUGUUACUAGAGAGACUAUACAUGGUGCUUCAGAUUCAGUCUGGUGAGUGUGCGUGCAUACAAUAUGCUUGUUACUACUGGGUGAGUCGUAUUUUACAUUUGUAUAGUAGUGGAUCAGUAUUUUGACUGUCUGGAUGUGUGUGUGUGUACAUGUUUGUUUAUCUGCACUGUGAUCCAUUUACUUUGGUUCAGGUUUUAGGUUUUAAUUAUCUAUAUUUGGUUCAUGUUAAGUUUAUAUCUGAAUGAGGUGUGAUGCCAGAACCUUCAUUGUGGUGUGAUUGCUGCCUCUGGAGGGGCCCGCUUUUAAUCCAAUGUGCACUUCAUAUACACUAUACUUAAGAAAUCCAGCAUCAUGUUUGAGGUGGUGUUGUCUGUAUGAGCUAUCUGUCAUUUCUUGGUCAGUUAUUGAGUUGUACAGCAGCAUAUACACAGAUACAUAAGAUACACUGUAGUGUUUGAAGCAGAUGGAGGAACAGAAUUGGCCUUUUGGCCUCUUUCAACAGUAUACUGUAUGUACAUUUUUUAAAUGGGACUCAGCUGUUCAUCAAACUUAAUUUGCAAAACUUCCAUCACAUAUAUUUAAGAAAAGUAAUUCUUACAAUUUCUUUAAAAGAUCUUUGCAUGAACUUUAUAAACUACACUUAUCACAUACUGUAUAUGAAUGGAAGACAUUGCGUGAUGUUUUACUAGUAGGCUAAUAUAGUUUAUAAUGGCAACCAGCAUUAAUUCAGCAGGGGUGUCAGAACAUUUUAUUACAUGUCUGCUCACUGUGUUUUUCUCACCGCAGGGCUCUUGGGUCAUUGAAGGUGGAUGAGACGUUUUAGACACUGUAAGAAACUGAAAACUGUAUGGCACUGGCCAAGAACCACAGUUUCAACUAAAAACGUUACUGUUCUACUGAGGAAUAGUCACCUGCAUCUUGGAUGGACUGAGGUCCUGGAGUUUAACAGACAUGACCAUGGUGACCGGAGGAUCCUGGAUACAGCAUUUGAUACCUCUUUUUUUUUACUCAUUUCUAAAUAAACUGAGAUGUCAAGA